AUGUACUUUCAAAAAUCAACAGCUCUGAAUUUAGAGUUAUUGACUAUACCGUUAGAGCAGGAUCUAUCAAGAUCUUGUAUAUGGCAUAGUAUUCAAAGAUUUAAUAAAUUUUUAUUAUGA